AUGUCCACAACUAAUCAUGUCCUUGCGUUGCCGCAAGCAUUCCUGGCUUUGAGGAUUGCCCAACUCGUUGUUGGAAUUGUUAUCCUUGGCCUUUCAGCAUACAUAGUGACUUUUAUUGCAUUCGAUAGUGCCUGUCUGACUUUGUUCACUGCUAUUGCAACAAUAAUCAUCGCGGUCUACAGUCUUGUAUCGAGUACUGUACUGAAGACCGCCUAUAACUACUGGGCCAUAGUAGCACUUGACAUUUUCGCAAUCAUCUUCUGGAUCAUCUCGUUUUCCUACCUGGCUUCGACAACUGCCGCAGCUUCGAAUUGGUACGGAUCGUCUUACACUUGCGACGACUACUAUUAUUAUUACUGCUACAAAAAGCGCGAUGCUCCUCUUGUCCCUCGCGCCACUACCAAUGUCGUGACAUACCGCCAUUCGAUGGCAGCCGCAGCUGGUCUUGGAGGUCUUGAAUUCAUCCUCUUCGCCAUCACCUUGAUCUUCACAACCAUCCAUGUCCUCCGCCACCGCAAAGCAGGAGGACACUGCACGCCAGUGCGCGCUGGUACUGGUCCCGAUAUAGCCCUAGACGCUGGGCCAGCUCCUGUAUAUUCCGAGGCCAAGACCCACGACUUGAACGCGCAAAAUGGACAACAGCAAUACGUACAACAGCCAAUACAGCAACCAGUACAGCAAUACGUCCAGCAACCGCAGCAACCAACGCCGCCAACUCAAUAUGUAGAGCACUCUGGACAGGCCGCACCCCAACACCUGCCCCAGCAGGAAUACUACACCCCUCAACAAGAUUCAACCCAGCACGUACAAUCGGCUUAG